GUCCUUUGCGCGCGCGCGUCUCUUUCGCCCCGCUCAAACCCGCGUUUGCGCGGGGCGAAAGAGAACUUUGCGUGAGCGCGGCUGACUGGCUCGCCAGCACAGUUCGCGGCAAGACACGUUGACACACCACGCGUGUUUCAAGAAGUUAGUGAUUUUUGGCAAAAUGCAGCGAUAUAAACAUUAUAAACCAGGACGAGGAAGUAAGAUGUUGGAGCAGUUGAAUAAGGAGAAUGAUAAUAUUAAUAUUGUAGACAAAAUUUCUGCGGAAAAUAAUUUACUACCCCCAGCAAAAGCACGUCGUGAUGCAGAAGACCGCGAAGCACAAUCACGGAAGGUUUCAAGUGAUGACUCAUCGUUGAAUGAUAUAAGUGACAUUAUCGAAAAUACGCCAUCUCCACGGCCAAUCGCUCGCAACACAGAUCGCCCAAUAAGUAAAACGGUACUGUCGUCUGGCGAAAGCGACACCGAAGUCGUAGAAAAUAAUAACAUCUUCAAAGUGCUGUCCGAUAUAGACAAUAAUUUUCAAAUUAUCAGCCCACCACACAAAAAUGACAACGAUGUAGUCGUGUCCCUUGAAGAUGACUUGUAUUUAUCAGAUGAUUCUGUUGCUGAUCCUGACUGGAAGGAUCCUAAAGACUUAGCUGCAGAAAAUACAGAGAUGGAUAGUGACACUGAAACAGGUCAAUCUGAAGUUGUCCCGCCUAAAAAAAUUAAGACGGCAAGGUGGCACAAGAGAAGAACAGAUACCUAUGAUCGAAAUGCGCAAAAAAGAAAUCGCUCACAAAGUUUACCUUACAAGAACUACAAAAACCAGACGCAGCCUCCCAAAGCACCUAAAUCCGGAGAAUGCAAGUGUAAAUUAAAAUGCUUAUUAAAUUUUCCUGAAGAAGAUCGAAAGGAAAUCUGUAAGUCUUACUGGGCACUAUCGGAUUACUGUCGACAGAAAGAUUUUAUACUAAUGAAUGUCUUGGUGCAGGCGCCACAAAGACGUUUAGUAAAUGCAACCAGAAAAAGAACUGUAUCUCGUUAUUAUUACUUUAAUAAGGACGACCGAAAGAUCAGGGUUUGUGAAUUGUUUUUUAAAAACACUCUUUGUAUAUCGAAUGGUCCCAUUAAUAAAGCAUUUUCAGAAGUAGGAACAUCAGGCUCUUUUAUUGGUCAGGACAGACGUGGCAAGCAUGAACCAGUCAAUAAAACAAAAGAAAUAGAUGUAGAAUUCGUCAAAGAACACAUCGAGGCUUUCCCUAAGAUGGAGUCACAUUAUUGCAGGAAAACAUCAUCUAAAAUGUAUUUAGAUAGCAAUCUUUCCAUCUCCAAAAUGUAUGAACUGUACCAAGAAAAAUGUAAAAAUGCAUCAAGAACGCCUGUUUCGAUCAAUGUGUAUCGCAACAUUUUUUGUACUCAGUACAAUUUAGAUUUUCAUAAACCCAAAAAGGAUCAAUGUUUAAACUGUCAAACACCAAGCGGUCACCGGUGA